AUGGCCGGUCCCCGAAAUCGAAAAGAACGACGAGCCGCGGCCGCAGCGGCUUCUGCGAACGACACCUUCGACCCGACCUCGAUCCCCAUGGCCCACCCUCCGCGAGAAUCGUCGAGAAAACCGAGCAAAACACUGGUGGAGCUGAUCGCCGAGCGACAGCAGGAUUUGAUCUCUCAAGGAAUGAUGAUGCCGGGUGGGACACGCGAGCAGGACGCGGGACCGGGCACGCGAUUCGUGACGAUCGAUCCGCAAACAGGCAAAAUUGAGAAUUUCAAUGGGUCGGAUGCCAACGGUCCCAACUCGACGUCGCGCGUGCAAGAGGUUGAAGAUGACGAGGAAGUAGAGGACAUGAAAGAGGAGGAAGCAGGGAAAGGAGAAGAAACCCACUCGCCCGACGACGCGCCGCCCAUUCCACCCUUCAUCGAUACGCUUCUCCUUUCGAUCCCCCUGACCACGCUACACUUGACAUUGUCAUACCUCGCCGCCCACCAAUACGCGGAGAGCAUCAAUAUGGAACAUCUUCUCAAGGAUUCGGGAUACGUAGCGUUCCCCAUCCUUACAUUCUUGGUCCAUCUGGCCCACGGGCAUAUUGUGUCGUUCGCUGUUCGCGGGGACCCCCGAGCCAGUGAAUCGAUAUCGCUUCUUCCCUGGAGCCCAGAGAAACUGUCCAUCUCGUUCCUGCGACGUCUGCUCUUCCCGCCGUCAUGGCGCACUUUGAUAUUCUUGCCGAUCGCCGUGGCGCUGGGAACGAAACUAGUGACCAUCACGAACGAGGACCCCUACUACGCCGUAAUGAAGCGGGCGCCAGCCAUCGGGACAAUCUGGGUUUGGAGUAUUCUGGAGAUUCCGCUGGGAGCAGCACUCCUGGGCGCGCUGGUCCCGAUGACCUGGGCGGUUUGGUGGAAGGGGUACGGCAUACUUUGA